CCCUCCCCUUUUCCCCCCCCCCCCCCCCCCCCCGCUUCUCCCACUCCCCGCAGCUGCUUCUGCAGAGGCCGGCGGGCUCGGCACCCACUGAUCGCCGCUGGAGCCUCGCCGGAGCUUUUGGAACUUAAAAAGGAAGAAGCUUUUUUUGAGGGGGGGGGAAAGCCAAGCCGGAGAGCGGGAGAGAGAGAGAAAGAGAAAGAAAGAAAGAAAGAGAGAGAGAGAGAUCCACCGCCAAGCCGGAGCGAUGUCAGGCUCGGGGAUUUAGCUUUUCGGCGCUCGCUCGCUCUCUUUCCCCCCCCUUCCCCCCUUUUUUUUCCUCUUUUUUUUUUUCCUUUUUUGUUUCUUCCGUCCUUCUUUUUUUUCUCCGAGAGCGGCGGGAACUGCGGCUGAGAUUUUACUUUCCCCUUCCUUGCUUUUUGCCCGCUUGCCAGCCAAGGAACGCUGCCGUUUUUGCGUCCAUCCGCUCCCCCAAAACCCCUCGCUUUCUCCGGCUCUCCUUCCCUUCCCUUCCUUCUCCUUCCUUUCUUCCUUUCCUUUCUUCUCCUUCCUUUCUCCCUCUUCCUUUCUCCCCUUCUUCUCCUUCCUUUCUCUCCUUCCUUCCCUUCCUUUCCUCCCUUCUCCUUCCUUUCUUCCUCUUCCUUCCUUUCUCUCCUUCUCUCCCCUUCCCUUCCUUUCCUCCCUUCUCCUUCCUUUUUUCCUUCCCUUCUUCUCCUUCCUUUCUUCCUCUUCCUUUCUCCCCUUCUUCCUUUCUCUCCUUCUCUCCCCUUCCUUCCCUUCCUUUCCUCCCUUCUCCUUCCUUUCUCUCCUUCUCUGUCCUUCCUUCCCUUCCUUUCCUCCCUUCUCCUUCCUUUCUUCCUUUCCUUCUUCUUCCUUUCUUCCUCUUCCUUCUCCUUCCUUUCUUCCUCUUCCUUUCUCCCCUUCUUCUCCUUCCUUUCUCUCCUUCUCUCUCCUUCCUUCCCUUCCUUUCCUCCCUUCUCCUUCCUUUCUUCCUCUUCCUUCCUUUCUCCCCUUCUUCUCCUUCUUCUCUCUCCUUCCCUUCCUUCCUUCCUUCCUUCCUCCCAGUCCCCCCCCCCAAUCUCGCCCGCCCCGCUGCCGUCCCCAAAGUGCGAUCGUCGCGGCGGGCACCAUGGACGAGCAGACGCGGAUGCUGCAGACGCUGGCCGGCGUGAACCUGGCCAGCCACGCGGUGCAAGGGGGCAUGGCUCUGCCGCCUCCCCACGGGCACGAGGGCGCCGACGGCGACGGCCGCAAGCAGGACAUUGGCGACAUCCUCCACCAGAUCAUGACCAUCACCGACCAGAGCCUGGACGAGGCGCAAGCAAAAAAGCACGCUCUCAAUUGCCAUAGAAUGAAACCCGCUUUGUUCAGCGUCCUGUGUGAGAUCAAAGAGAAAACAGGGUUUUCCCUCUGCCGCCAAAUAGCUGGAGGUUGCCUUAUUGAAGCCGAAUAUCACCGUGCGUGACAACUUCACUCAAUUGUAGCCUGCCGCGACUGCAUUAGCCUGCAGGGAAACAUCGGAUCCACGUUGGCCGUGACACUCAAUUUUACUGUAAAACACAUUCAUGUUGACACGGCAUCAGUUUUCAGAAGCAUUAAUGCAUACGGGAGCAUCUCUCCCUCUCUCUCUCUCUCUCUCUCCUUGUUGGUAUGAUUGUUUGUGUGUGUCUCUCUCUCUUUCUCUCGUUGGUGUUAUUUGGUUUCUUCUCCGGCUCGGAGCCAAAGCUGUUAGAAAUGUGUUUUUUUUUCUUUUUAUCUCCUUGCAAAGACUUCUCUUUAGUCCUGGGACCCUAGCGUUCGAUUCAUUGGCGUUGAGCCUUUUUAAGUCAUUGCGAUCCAAAGUAGAGACUCUCGGGGUUGAACGGUUGGGUUCUUGGUAACCUCUGAGCUUCAUGGUUUUCCUGCGGGCAUUUUGUUACCCAACUAGGUAAUAUCAUCCGAAGGGAGUGUGGGAGGAGGAGGACUAUGGAGUCCUUGGUAGUCUCUGAGCUGCAUGGUUUUCUUGGAGACAUUUCAUGACCCAACUAGGGAACAUCAUCAGUGCUAGGUGGUUGGUUGGCAGGGAGGAGGAAGAGGAUGAUGACUAUGGGGUCCUUGGUGCUGUUUGAGCUGGAUUGUUGCAGACAUUUCAUGACCCAACUAGGGAACAUCAUCAGUGCUAGGUGGUUUGCAGGGAGGAGGAAGAGGAAGAGGAGGAGGAGGACAACGACAACAACUAUGGGGUCCUUGGUGCUCUCUGAACUCGGUUGUUUGCUUGCGGAUGUUUUAUUCCCAUACCAGCCAACAUCAUCGGUGCUGGGUAAUGACUAAGGAUGAUCAUCAGUGCCCUACUGUAUGUAAACAGGGAGCAAACCACACUCACUAGCACUGAUGAUGUUACCUGGUUGGGUCAUAAAAUGUCCACAAGGAAACAACCCAGCUCAAACAGCACCAAGGACUCCCCAGUUCAACCUUGAGCUACAGGUAUUCUCUUCUAUCGGAUACCCACACAUACACAAAAACAAACACACACACGCACACUAAGACUGCUGUGGGAGGGGGGGAAAAAUCAUUUUGAGACAGACUCCUUCAACGGAGGAGCCGUGAUGGAGCUUGAAAGCAUCUCUGGAGUUUUGCUUCCGAUCCGGAGUUUUCUCGCCAGAAAUGUGCUGUCAAGAACUUUGCGGUGUAGCAAGAUAGCGUGUUAAACUCACGCUGAGAAGAUCAGGAUUCAAACACUCAUCCAGCCAUGAAGUUCAGGGAAGACAUGUCAACCUUUCUGCUUCAUAGUGCACUUUAAAGAGCCAGGAGAUCCUAAUAUUUAGGCCUCGGGGCAAUUUCCUUCUUCUUCUUCUUCUUCUUCUUUUUUCUUUCCUUCUUUUUCUACCGAUCUGGAGGAAAGGGGUUGACGGGGAAAAAAAAAACAACCCAGUUUGAAGAGAUGCCUAGCCUUUGUCAUCAAGGUUUGCAGAUUUUUGACCUACAGUAUAAGAAAACCUCCUUCUGCUCUUCCUCCCA